AAGAUUAAAAUACAGAUCAAAAUCAAUAAAAUCUUGCGUAAGCAGGAUUUCUGAAAAAAGAAACCUGCUGUCGGUGGAGUGUCAUUCACGGGUGAUUCAUUUUGGUGCUCUCUGUCUGAGCUGCUCUCAUCAAAAACAAUGAAAGGAGAAAAAAAACGUAUUUUGUGUCUAUUGUCCAACUCACUAUGACUACAGAGAUUUGAAGCAUACACAUAUGAAGGUUUAUACAUUACAGCCAUGUAUUUGUACUUCAAUUCAAAUGUUGCAUUGUGUGGAAUUGUCAUAUUGCUGUUAAAACAUCACAAAUUCUUCCACACUUAAACCUGUAACCUCAAAGGCACCGACUAAACCAGCUGAAGUCCUGACAUGACCUGCAAAAACCUUAAAUCAAAGACAUUAAAGGAGGUGGUUAGGUUAUUGACACCAACCGCUGUGACAAAUGACAAGUGAGGAAAAAAAAAAGAAAGUGAAAAACAGCUCUGCAACAAGACUACCACUGGUCGGUAAAUAACUGUUGACACCUAACGUUUACUAUGCCAAAGAAAAUGAAACGGUGGACAGCCAACUGGGACGCCCUCCGUCAGAAGAUAGAAAGGGAGAUCCAACAGAGGAAGAAGAGACGCAUCCUGUUGGAGGAGCUGGACAGACUCAGAGCGUCCUACCAGGAGGACACCCAGAGGUACGAGGCCGACGUCCACGAGCUGCUGCUGCAACGGCUGAAAGCUGAGCGAUAUAUGCUUCACCAGAAAAUGCUGAAGGAAAUCAUGGUGGUUCAGAGAAAUGCUGACGAGGAGAACACCUUUCUGUGGAGACAGUUUGAGAAACUACAAAAUCAGCACCAGGUUCAGGUCUCAGUCAGCUACGAGCUCUCCACAAAGUUCAAGAAGAUGGUGAAGGAGAUCCACGAAGAGAGGAAGGAAAAACGCAUCUUUCUAGAAGAGUUGGACAGAAUCAGGGCCUCGUACCAGGAGGACAUCCAGAAAUACGAGGCUGAUGUCCUCACGGCAAGACAGCAGGCUGAUCACCUUCAGGGCGAGCUCGACAAGGCGAUAAAGGCUCAUGCAGAGGGCGUGUCCAGCCACCAGCUGAUGGUGAAGAAGGCACGGGGCGAGUUGGACGUCCUCCGCCAGAAAAUGGUCAAGGAGAUCACAGCAGUUCAGAAAAACGCAGAUGAGCAGAACAUCUUACUGUUGAGACAGUUUGAAAAACUGCAAAAUCAGCACAACAUCCAGGUCACAGUCAACCCCGAGCUCUCCAUAAAACUGAAGAAGAUGGCAAAGGAGAUCCAGAUGGAGAGGAGGGACAAAAGACUUCUGCAGGAAGAACUGAGCCGGCUCCGAGCUUCAUUCCAAGAGGAAAUGGGAAAAUACAAGGCUGAGGUCUUCACAGCGAGACAACAGGUGGACCACCUGCAGAGGGAGCUGGAGAAGUCCAUCAAGGAUCACGCAGAUAGUAUGUCCAACCAUCAGCUGAUGAUGCAAAACGUGAGGACAGAGUGGGACAGGCUUCAUCAGAAGAUGGUGAAGGAGGUCACAGUGGUUCAGAAAAACGCAGAUGAAGAGAACUCGCUGCUUUGGAAACAGUUUGACAACCUGCAGAGUCAGCACAGCACUCUGGUCUCAGUCAACCUCGAACUCUCCAAAAGGAUCAAGAAGAUGGCAAAGGUCGUCCAGGUGGAGAGGGAAGAGAAACGGAUCUUCCAGGAGGAACUGGACAGGGUCAGAGCAUCGCACCUGACUCUGCAGUGUGAGCUCAAGACUAUUCAGCUUCAGAAAAAGUUCAAGAAGUCCAAGCUGAAGAAGAAGAGGGAGGAAAACUGGUCUCUCCAAGGAACGGUCACGAGCAAUUUCAUGUCCGAGGUGCCAAAAGGUUUUGCAGAAAACAAAAAGUCAUUGUGGCAGAGGUUGAAAGACUGUCUGGGACUGAGACGGCGACAGAGCGAUGAGGUCAAAGGUCCCUGUGGAAACAGCCUGAGCCUAGCCUUGUGGAGACCCUGAGGGACCACUGGACUAGAACACCAAGAUGAGUCAUACCCUUCGCUACACAUGCUCAGUUUUCUGUCAAAUAUAACUUAAACAAAGGUCUUGACGGUGUGAGAUGUGCCACCUUUAGGGGGCACCAGAGCUCUUCAAUGGAAACUAAAAUAUGUAAAAAAUAAGCAAUUUGUCACAUGUGAAACGCAAAUGACUAUUAUCCAAAUUGAAAAAACAAAGUGAACAGCGAAUAUUUAAAGUAUGAACUUUUAUAGACUGCUGUUGAAAUGGACAUUUGUCUUGUUCAUUCGUCAACAUGAAAAAUAUUAAUAUUUAAAUUGUCCAUUUUCAUCUCUUUGUAUCUGACAUCAUCCCUUCCUGAAAACCUCGGAACUAAAACAAUACACAAUUCUCACUUUU